AUGCCUCAAGGAGCUAUCAAUUGCAGCGCUCCAUACAUUCCUCACGAUGCAUCGGUGGAACAUCUUCGUCUCAACUAUGCAUUUGGUGACAGAAUUAAUGUGACAUGUGAUGCAAGUGAUGAAUACUUUACUCUUCAAUGUCAUAACAAAGGCUUGUGGAGCGGACCCGUCGUUUCCUGUCCAAGGUCCAACGUAACAAUACCCGCUGCAGUAACCGUCCAUCGCCACGCCUACUGCAGUGCCCCAGCCGUACCACCUCACUCAACCAAUCAGAACACACGUCUCUCAUACAAAGAAGGUGACAAUAUCAACGUAACAUGUAACGAGGGUUCUGGAUGGUACCCUUUGGAAUGUUCUGACGGAAUAUGGAUCGGACAGAAUAUUGUCUGCCCAAAGCCCACCAUAGACUGCAACCAACCAAUCAUACCCACCGUUUCAUCGCUGGGCACCUACAAGUCUCAUUACAAGGUCGACGAAGUUGUUAACAUCACAUGUAAAACAUCCCUUGAUUCCAUUCUUUGGGAAUGCCACAAAGAUGGUCAAUGGCGCGGACCAGAGAUUCGCUGCCCCGUCUCUCAACCAAUAUCAUCCGGUGAUGCUGCAGGGAGAGUUGGAGAAAAGCAUGUAGAAAAGUGGCACGGACGAGAUUUGAUAACUACUGGUCUUCUUGUAGCAGCUGUGAUCAUGUUUGUCCUAGUACUGAUGUCCAUGGUGGCCUUCUCGAUCUCUUUCAAAGGGUGGCACUCUGGAUCAGCCAAAGAUGAUACAAACGCGGACCGAGGACCACUCCCAGAUGUUCCUGGAGGAUAUGCAGAUUACCUUGUGGGAGAAAAGUCUCUGUACACCGAACCAUACUUGAAACCAAGCAGUAUUCCACAUGGAUAUGAGACCUACGAAAAGCCAAUGUAAUUGACGAUACUAUUAUGUUGUAAGUAACUAGAAACCGGAAUCUCCGAUCAGGAAAGUUGAAAUGUUGAAGUCUAAUACCCCACCACACUGUAAACAAUUAAGUGCUAAUUCAGCACUUGCAUAGUGACUGCACUACGAGAGCUGAUUUUUUAGUUCAAAUUUAAACUAGAAAAUCAGCACUCGUAGUGCAGUCACUGUACAAGCACUUUAAAUGAAGUACUAAAUUGGCACUUAAUUCUUUACAGUGCAAUAGCCCUUGGAACUAACACUCUCACCCGUUGUCAUUGAAUGUGUUUUAUAAAAUAUGAUACUUAUUCAAUUCUGUAAAAAAUUACGGAUAACAAACUUCAGGUGUGUAUAACAUGCAUACCAUGUAUCAAAACUUUGAAUUACUUCUUGUGAAUGGCGUAUGAUGACUGUAAUUCAAGUUUAAUUUAUUGUAACCAUGGUAACCGGAUUUGAUAAUGAAAAUAAAUUUUCUACGAUUACUGCAACUAAGCUAACAUAUUGAUCAUGUUGAUAUAUCAGCCACGCGGGGCUUAAUAAGUGUAGGUAUAUGUAAUGUAUACAAGUGGAUACACAGUGGUUUGAUAUUUUCACUACUACUUUGUUAUUGUGAAAGUAAUUCAUUACAAAUUAAAUACGUGAGAAUAAUGUAAUACUUAUAUUGAAAAAAAAAUACGGUUUGACAUGAAUUGUUUUUAUUGUAUAUACAGUGCAUCCCCAAAAAGGAAACCCGUUUUCAGAAACAGAUUUCACAAUUAUUAAAUAUGUGUUUAUUAUAAAUUUGAUAUUUAUUGCGAAAGUGGAAUCCCAUCUUUAAUUAAAGUCUAAAAUCUGAGCACAUCGUUCGCGCAUUGCAGGUUGCAAACGAUAAAAGAUUAGGCAUGUCAAAGUGAUUUGCGCAGAAACUCGCGUGUGAAUCUAAAUCCACUCCCAUUUCAGAGAUCAAUGAGAGAAACUUAACAAAGAUUACAUAAGAAACGAAAAUUCGUGAAAUAUCAUACUUUCCUUUGAAUAAAAAAUAAAAACAUGGGAAUUCCGGUUUCAUUUUUUUCUGUGGCGCACUGUACGUUGGAUAUGGUAAUUUUUCAUACCUUUUUUGUAUUAAAUCAUUUUUCAAAUAGGCAUCUCAACAAGCAAUGUUGUAUUAAGUAUUGGGGUUUAUUUUCGAUUUUUUUUUUCGUUUGAUAUCCCGGUUGACUACUGAAGUGUCGGUAUCUGGGGAGAAACAAAGUACGCCACUGAAUACAGCCUUACAUUCUUUUGAAACCAUGUAUUUUGGUCUUGGCAAACGCAUUGUUCACAACAUAAAAAUUGGUUUAAAUAGUAUACUUUAGUUCAUACAAGUUAUUAAUUUAAUUAAUUAUAUCUAUAUAUCAGCAAAAAUCCAUUAUGAUGUACACUAAACGAAAACGAAAAUGAAAAAAAAAAUAUCAAAUGAGGAGAUGAUAUAACAAAGGCACAAGAAAUUAAACAAAAAACGAAAACAAUAUAACAGAAAACAGAAGUGGGGACAAGAGAAGGGGGAAAAGUGGGAAAGAUAUGAUGUACUAAAGGGGUAAUAUACAGGAAAUAUAAAACAAAUAAUACUGAACCUGGAAGGCAAAUUGUUACUUCUUCAAAGUUGAUUUAAUUACACAAAUGGAAUAAAACUGGAGAUUAGAAACAUUCCACAAAAAGCAGUCACACUUCUGAUUAUUCGGAACUCGUGAACUUCCUUUUGAAAUAUUAUUGUAUUCUAGUUUGUGUUAUAAAUCAGUCAAUGCAAUAUGCUAGAACGAUAUAUUAUUAUCAUUAUGUUUAGUACUUUCAUUAUUUUAUCUUAUUUCAUUAUCUUUUUCUUUUCUUUUUGUGUAAUGUGACAGUGGAAAUUUGUAUUAUUAUUCAAAAUAUGGAUCACAAAAUUGUUAUUAGUACGUAGUAAUUCUAAUCAAUAUGAUGUCAAAGCAAUGUAUAUUUUUCUUGAAAUAAUAUCAAUGAUAUCAUUCGUAAUAGGUCCAUGAUGAUAUCAAUGGUAAUGAAUUUGUAAUUAAUAUAUAAUUUAAAAACACCCCAUUAUUUCGCAUAGCCGAAUAAUCCCAUUGGUUAUUUUGCUCCAGAUAUUUAUCUUCUUGCGCUUUCUUUCCCGAAUGAUCUUAACAUAUUUAUCGGAAAUUACGAACUCUAGUGGUAAGACAAAGAAGAGGAAAAUAAUACAAUACGCAGAAGAAAACGCAUUUAGAUUUUAUAAAUCAGUAAUGUACUUAGGCGUAGGCUAUUUGUAAAGAUACUUACGAUUUAAAUCAGUAUGUCUGUAAUCUUCUUGCAACACAAAAUAAAAUUAUUUGAUGAACG